ACCACUUUCAUUCACUCUAUUUAAACAACCUGCAGCAGAAGCGACGACGGGAUCGCUUCAUCAUCGGCUGAUAAGAACGAAUCCGUGGAUUAAGUUUGCGCACUGACCAAGCAUUAAAGGCACAAUGACAGAGUUGCAGUCUUCACCACCAAAUGAAAAGAUGAGUCUAAGUGGCAGCGAACUGACUGAAUUCUUCGUCAUGUGGGAAGAAUUAAACUUCACAGACACCAAUGACAACAGCACACGGGUGGAAGCGCAAAUGUGCCCCACCUCCUUCAACCGUUCUGCUCUCCUCAAUGCUAUGUGCACCCUCUAUGCCUUCAUUUUUGUUGUGGGCCUGGCCGCCAAUGCGCUAGUAGUGUGGGUCAACUUGCGCUCGGAGCGUCAUUACCACGAGACACACUUGUAUAUAUUAAACCUAGCGGUGGCUGACCUGUGUGUGGUUGCUACUCUCCCGGUGUGGGUGAGCUCGCUGGCACAGGGUGGCCACUGGUCGUUUGGCCAGGUGGCUUGUAAGCUCACACAUCUUCUGUUCAGCGUCAACCUUUUCGCCAGCAUCUUCUUCCUGGCCUGCAUGAGCGUGGACCGUUAUCUUUCGGUGGUACGCUCGGAGGAGAUUUCACCCAGACGAGGACGACAAAUACGCCGUUUAGUGUGUGCGGUAACAUGGCUGCUUGCUUUAUUCGCCUCAAUACCUGACACAUACUUCCUGCAAUCCGUAAAGUCACUACACAGUCAUGUGACCUUAUGUCAUCCUGUAUAUCCAGAGGACAACCCUUUGCAGUGGAUGGUGGGCAUUCAACUGAGUUUUGUGGUUCUUGGUUUUGUCAUUCCCUUCCCCGUUAUAGCAGUGUCCUAUGCACUGUUGGCAAAAGCUCUGGCUUCCUCUUCCUCUCAUUCCCCUUUACAUGGUGACCAGGAUCGCAGCGUGAGCAGGAAGGUCAUCCUCACGUACAUAGUGGUUUUUAUAGCUUGCUGGGCACCAUAUCAUGCUGUUCUGUUAGCCGACGCUCUAGUCAUGCUAGGUGUGGUCCCAUUGGGCUGCGGUUCAGAGAACGGCCUUUUUGUGGUGCUGCACCUCACGCAAUGCUUGUCGCUGCUGCACUGCUGCGUGAACCCCAUUGUCUACAGCUUUGCUCACCGUCACUACCGCUAUGACCUCAUGAAAGCCUUCAUCUUCAAAUACUCCACCCGUACUGGGCUGGCGCGACUCAUGGAGGUCUCUCAGGGCACCGAGACAGAAUACGCAAUGGUGGAGAACAACGCUAUGGCUGUGAGUUAGGACCCUCCAGACGUCACCCUCAACCAAAGUCCUGCACUGCUUCAAAACAAGAACUCCUCUGAUGUUAUCCUGAAAUUUAGAUAAACAAAACUGAAUUUGAACAUGGUUUACGUCAUAGUUGCCGCAAAUGCUCAACAGUGACCCCAAAGAUAGUGAUUAAUUCAUUUGAAAUGUGCCAAAGACUGGUGAGAUCAGAAACACUGACAUGUUUUCCUAGAUUCAGAUAAACAAAACUGAAUUUGAACAUGUUUUACAUCAAAAUUGCAGCUAAUGCUCAACAGUGACCCCAAAUAUAGUGAAUAAUUCAUUUGAAAUGUGCCAAAAACUGAUGGGAUUUUAUUGUAAAAUCAGAACCAUGUUCAGCCAAUCAAUUGGUUCCAAUCUGACUAGCAGACAAAAUUGUAUACUUUAUACAAAAAAAAUUCACUUUAGAGAAACCUGUAUGCUACUGUAUGCCAUCAUUCAAGAAACAAAAUAAUUGUGUCCAAUAAUCACUUCUCAGAAAUGCGUGAUGCCUUUCAAUCAUCAUAAAUGAUUUAGGAUG